AUGGCACAUAAAAACUUACUUCCUCCAUUAACACUUUACCGUCAAAUUCUGAGAGUUCACCGGGAGCUUCCGCCUUCUCUUCGUUCACUUGGUGACGAUUAUGUAAAGUCCGAAUUCAAACGACAUAAAGAUAUAACAAAUCCUAUUCAUAUUGUCGGUUUUCUUAGUGAAUGGCAAUCGUAUUUGGAAGAAAUAAAAAAACAGACAAGCAUUUUGGCCUCAAACGAAGAAAUUAAAUUUGGGAAAAAGAUUGAAUUAGGGAAUUUAGAAAAGUUUAGUGACCAACAACUCGGACAAUUAUAUGAAUUAAGAAAUGAAACUAAAACUGCAGUUGUAAGACUCAAGAAAUCAGAAUAA